AUGGUAAAGAAGGGCAAGGUGAAGGCCGCCGCGCCGACACCAAGCCAAGCCUCUGCAGCAUCCAAGGAUGGAAACGGAGGCGCAAGCGGCAAGGGCAAAAAGGGACAAAAGGGCCAGAAGGGAGCAGCAGGAUCAGAUGCCGCCCCCGAAGCGCCGCCAGCGGCCGCCCCCAAGCCGACGGUGAAGCAGCUCAUCGGGGGCUCGUCGUGGACGGGCAAGCUGCCGGUGAACCUGCUGAGCGAGCACUGCCAGAAGCAGAAGUGGGACAGGCCGGUGUACGACACGCGCAAGACGGCCGAGGGCUUCUCGGUGUGGGUGACGCUGAGCGCGCGGGACCCCAAGACGCAGCAGACGACGACGCUGGAGCCGUUCGAGAUCCCGGCGACGCACAAGCACCUGCUGCUGCGCGACACGGCGCUCGAGGCCAAGCACGCGGCCGCCACGUACGCGCUGUUCCGGGUGUGCAGCAUGCAGAACAAGCACACCGUCCUGCCGCCGGACUACAAGGCGCUGUGGAAGGACUUCCAGGCGCUCAAGGCGCAGGACGUCAAGGACGGCAAGGCCUGGAUGUACGAGGCCGACCCCUUCCGGGCGCUGCUCGAGCGGCAGGAGUCCAAGGCGGCGGCGGAGAAGAAGCGCAGGGAGGUCGAGCAGGCAAAGGCCAAGGCCAGGGAGCUUCCCGGCGCGGCGGGCCUCGUGCUUCUGAGCAACGCGGGCAGCGGAUCCGUCUCCAACGCGAUGAAGGGGUGGACAUCCGUGCCCAAGGUCGAGAUGGGCAGGCAGACGAGGAUCCAGCUGGAGGCCCUGCUACGAGACGGCGUGAGGUGGAACCCUCAUGGCGUGACCAUGCCUCCGGCCGAGAAGAAGAGCGUCGUUGCCGAGCUCAGCAAGCUAGGCUUCCGGCAGAGCCACGUGGCGGAAGCUGUGGAAUACUGCAAGGACCGCCAGGAAACGCUCGAGUGGCUCUUGAUUCACGUUCCCGAGGACGAUCUCCCCCGGUGGGCUCUGCCGGAGAAUUACUCUGCUGGCGUGACCAUCGGAACGACAGACCUCAAGAGAGAGGGCACCAUUCAGCGCCUGUCUCAGACGGGAUACUCGGUCGAGCUGUGCACCCGCGUGUUGGAUGACCACGGCGGCAAUGAAGACGCAGCUGCCGAGGCGCUGCAGGGUAUCCUCUUGCCAACGUCAGCCUCGGGCCAACAAGGGGCUGAAGAGUCAGGGGGCGACUUUCUGGACUUUGGAACGCCCCAGGAGCAAUGGGACGAAGAAGUGGCGACGCUGGAGUCCAUCUACGGCAACAGUUUCCGUCGAGAGGGAGAUAGCAUCAUCCAGAUCCGCCUCGAGUCGGUCAAGGAUGCGCAGAACGGAGACGUGGAGACCUUUCUACAGGUCCGCAGGGGCUCGAGCUAUCCGAGGCACCUCAUCCUCGCCAUCAUUGCGAAGCUGCCUUCGUACAUCAAGCUCAGCAUAGUCAAGCGGAUGCUGGCACACAUUGAGGAGGACCUAAAGGACGAACCCGCCAAGAUCUACCUCGUGGUGGACUGGAUCCAGCACAACAUCAACGGCAUCAUCGCCAACCCGGGCAAGCUUCUGGACAUAUCGGCCGUUUCCUCUGCUGCCUCCGAGACUCGACCGGCGACGUCUGUGGCGAGGAGUAAGCGCUCUCGGCCUCCACCAAGGGCUCUCAAAUGGAUUUUCGACGCCAAGAGCAAGGACGAGUGGCUUCGUCGGCAGAAAAGCCCGGCACAGAAGGAGAUGAUUACGAAACGCCAGGCCCUGCCAGCCUGGCAGAUGCAGGAUGCCAUUGUGCAGACGGUCCAGAGGAACCACGUCACCAUUAUCAGCGGCGAGACAGGCUCAGGAAAAUCGACACAGUCUGUGCAGUUUCUCUUGGACGACUUCUACGAAAGGGGGCUUGGCGGGUGUGCAAACAUGAUCGUCACCCAGCCGCGUCGAAUCUCGGCGCUGGGACUGGCUGACCGAGUGGCCGAAGAGCGAUGCUCGCGAGUGGGAGGUGAAGUCGGAUAUGCGAUCCGCGGCGAGUCUCGGCAGUCGAGGGAUACGAGGAUCACCUUUGUCACCACCGGCGUGCUGCUCCGGCGGCUGCAGACGUCCGGCGGCCGAGUGGACGACGUUGUGGCGUCCUUGGCCGAUGUCAGUCACAUCAUCAUCGACGAGGUGCACGAGAGAAGUCUGGACACUGAUUUCCUGCUGAACCUGCUUCGAGAGGUCAUGAUUCAGAAGAAGGAUAUGCUGAAGCUGGUGCUCAUGUCGGCGACGCUUGAUGCGGCCACGUUCAAGAGCUACUUUGAAACCGAAGGACUGAGCGUGGGAACCGUCGAAAUUGCAGGGCGGACGUAUCCCGUGGAGGAGUAUCACCUCGACGACGUGAUUCGCAUGACGGGCUUUGGCGUGGAUGGGCCUGACGACGGAAUCUUCAUCGGCGACGAGAUGAUGGGCAAGGUGAUUCAGAAAUUGGGCCAUCGGAUCAACUACAGCUUGAUUACCGAAGCCGUCAAGGCAAUCGACUACGAGCUAUCGUACGAGAAGAACACGGGCGGCAUCCUCAUCUUCUUGCCCGGCGUUGGGGAGAUUAACCAAGCCUGCAACAGUCUCCGAUCCAUCAGCUCACUCCACGUCCUCCCACUGCAUGCCUCGCUCGAGACCAGGGAGCAGAAGAGAGUAUUCUCCAGCCCUCCUCCCGGUAAACGAAAAGUGGUCGUGGCUACGAACGUGGCAGAGACGUCCAUCACAAUUGACGACAUUGUGGUCGUGAUUGACAGCGGAAAGGUCAAGGAGACGAGCUUCGACCCGCAGAACAACAUGAGGAAGCUGGAAGAAACAUGGGCAUCCCAGGCAGCAUGCAAGCAGCGACAGGGCCGAGCCGGCCGUGUCCAAGCGGGCAAGUGCUUCAAGCUCUACACGCAGAAUCUCGAACAGAAUAUGGCGCCUCGACCCGAGCCCGAGAUUAGGCGCGUGCCUCUGGAGCAGCUUUGUCUGUCAGUGCGCGCCAUGGGAAUGAAGGACGUGAUCCGGUUCCUCGGCCGGUCGCCCACUCCGCCCGCAACGCCGGCGAUUGAGGGCGCCAUGACGCUGCUGCGGCGAAUGGGGGCUCUGGACGGAGACGAGCUGACGGCCAUGGGACAGCAGCUGGCCAUGCUGCCGGCGGACCUGCGAUGCGGCAAGCUCAUGGUCUUUGGCGCCAUCUUCGGCUGCCUGGACGACUGCAUCACCAUCGCCGCCAUCCUGAGCACCCGGAGCCCGUUCGUUUCGCCGCAGGAGAAGCGUGACGAGGCGCGGGAAGCCCGCAUGCGCUUCUACAGGGGAGACGGCGACCCUCUCACCGACCUGGAGGCCUUUACGCAGUGGGACGAGAUGAUGAGGGAUCGAGGCACGCCGCAGCGCGACAUCCGGAGGUUCUGCGAGGACAACUCCUUGUCCUUCCAGACGCUGACGGACAUUGCCAACACGAGGAGCCAGUACUACGACGCCCUGACGGAGAUUGGGAUCCAUACGCCCUCCUCCCAGGCGCCCGGUGCCCGCAACACGCUGCUGCUGAGGGCGCUGGUGGCCUCGGCCUUUACGCCGCAGAUUGCGCGGAUCCAGUAUCCGGACAAGAAGUUUGCGAGCUCCAUGUCGGGCGCCGUGGAGCUGGAUCCGGAGGCGAGGGCCAUCAAGUACUUUUGCCAGGAGCCCGGGCGGGUGUUUGUGCACCCCAGCAGCACGCUGUUUGGGAGCCAGGGGUUUUCGGGGAAUGCGGCGUACAUGUCGUAUUUCAGCAUGAUUUCGACGACCAAGAUUUUCAUUCGGGAUCUGACUCCCCUGAAUGCGUACACGCUGCUCAUGUUCUGCGGGCCCAUCGAGCUCGACACGCUGGGCCGCGGCCUGUUGGUGGACGGAUGGCUCAAGCUUCGGGGCUGGGCUCGCCUGGGCGUGCUGGUGGCCCGGCUGAGGGCCAUGGUGGACAAUCUAAUUGCGGACAAGGUGGAGAAUCCGGGGCUGGAUCUGGCGGGGAGCAAGAUUAUCAAGCUGGUGAUUAAGAUGAUUGAGCUGAACGGGCUGGAUGCGUGA